AUUUAUUUAUUUUAGAAAGCCAACGUCCCCGAAAUACACACGACGACACAACGCGGAACCAUGAAACUCCGGAACUAAAACACACAUGUUCACAAAUGUGUCCGGAAUCUUUUUCGUGUACCACCGAUCUGGAUGCGUGUGAAUUUCCAACGCCGAGAUCUGUCAAUCUGAGGAGUUGGUCAUCAUGAAACGUCUAUAUAUCGGUGGCCUGAGCCACACCAUCACUCAAAAGGAUCUGAAAGACAGAUUUGGUAAAUUUGGUUUUGUUCAGGAUGUGGAACUCCGGACCCGGAGAGAUGAUGAAGGAGUUCCUUAUAAAACCUUUGGAUAUAUCAAUUUAGAAAUUACUGAUGCUGGUUUUAAGAAAUGUAUGACUGUGUUUCUGACGGUCUUUGUGUCCCUGUCAGGUAUGACUGUGUUGAACAAGUCCAAAUGGAAAGGCGAAACAAUACAAAUUGAGCAGGCCAGAGAAACCUUCUUACAGAAAUUAGCUCAGGAGCGUCAUGAAGCUGCAGAGAAGAUCCAAUCACCAAGCGUCAACCACAAAGACAAACUCGUGGAGUCAAUGAAGGAGGCAGGGGUGGAGAACUUCCACAUGAAGGCAGCUGUUCCUGGGACAGAGAUACCUGGGCACAAGGAUUGGGUUGUGAGUAAAUUUGGACGAGUCCUCCCGGUUCUUAAUCUCAAGUGCCAAGGAAGGAACAAGUUCAUCAAGUACGAUCCGUCAAAACACAGCCACAACAUCAAGAAACUAGAGAGUUCAGCCGAGGUUCCAGACCCGACGCCCGUGUCCCAACUAACGUGGGAAAUAUCAGGCGGCGACGACGACAUCAGUAAGAAGAGGAGAGGAGAGUUCCCACCGCAGAAAACACCACUUGCUAAAAAGAAGAAAGACCGUCCGAACCAAGUCGUUGCAAACGGACAGUCCGACCGUGUGAAGUCCUCGGAGAAAGGUUCAACGGUUCUGAAGUCUAACGGCGAAACCAGACCUCCAACUAAACCUAAACAGACCUCUAAGAAACUCCAGGCGCAGACCUCCGUGUGUGUUUUUGACAGUGGCGAUGACUCAGGUGGGGACAUUAGGAUGUUGGCACAGCGGAGCACCCCGGUGGACUGCCCGGUAGUAGAUGAGGAUGAAGAUAACCUGGAGGUGGUAGGCGAUAACUACAUACCCAGAACAUUCCUUACCCAGCAGAAGAUUAAGGAUGUCUGCCAGCUUCCAGGUGGGUCUUCUGGGAAGAACGAGGAGGAUUAUGACUCAGCGGAUACUGAUGAGAUCCUCAACUCCAGAAAAACACCCAGCGGUACCAAGCAGGACCAACUGCCCAAGGCCAGUAAAACACAAGAGAAAGCUGAGGUGAAUAAGCAAACCAACAACCUGGAAACAGACAGAACUAAAGGAAAAAAGGCUAACAAAGUCCUCCCAAAAAAGGCUGUAAAGAAAGUCUUCCCUAUAAAGAAGACCCCUUCGCCAGAGAAUGAUAGUGGUGACGGUGAGGAUGACGACUCGGAAGAUUCCUACUCUUCAAAAGCCAAAAGGACUUAUAACGUCCUCCCUAGGAAAAAGGCUAUUGAGAAAUCCACUACCCCUUCAGAAUCUGAUGAUGAUGAUGAUGAUGAUUCGGAAGAAGAGAGUGAUUCUGACUCUUCAAAAGCCCAAAAGACCGGCAAGAAGGUUGUCUCUAAAAAGAAGACUCCUCCUUCAGCAUUAUCAUCUGACGAUAGUGAAUCAUAUGAAGAUACAUCUGAGGCUAGCGCCGAUUCCGAAUACGAAGCCAUGUUUACUAACUGUCAGAGGUUAGCGUUUUCACUGGACGAUCUGCAGCAGCUGGUUAAAGAAUCGUUUUUAAAAGGCUUGGACCGGGACAGUGACGACGACAAUCCGGGAUCUGAUUCACAACAACCUGGACCAAACCGAGUGUCUGAGGUGCUGGGGAUGGAACCCCGGGUUACUGCCUCUGAGGCUCCUGUACCGCUGGCUAAGACAGGAAAUGGCAACACACCGGAGGAGAUUCUGGCGGCCAUCUUUGAAGAGGACAACUGCGACGAGGUGAGAGAGAAGAAGAAGAAGAAGAAGAAAACAAAUCUGUCAACAUCUCUUCCUGCUUUCCAGGGGACCAAGGCUCUCUUAGCCACAUCGCCGCAAAGUCUAAAGAGACAAGUUGAGGAGGACGGAAAAAUGAAGACGUCCACUAAGAAACAGAAACGUGACAGAUUGUCUAAACCCAGUGCCUCAGAGGACGACGCCAAGACUGUGUCAAAACCCUCAGAAACUAAAGGCACUAAAACUCGUCCUCCUAGCAGCUCGGACAGUGAAGAUACAACCAAGUCACCAGCCCUCGGACGGAAAACGACUUCGAAAGCCGAGCCAGAGAAGAAGUCCGUCCCAGCGGCCAGCUCAACGUCCAGCAGCAGUGGGUGCUCCAGUGUGGAGUCAGAGAUGGAGGAAGAUGUACCUGCUAAAAAGACUCAGAAGGCUGAGGUGUCCAAGAAGCCCCAGACUGCUGGUGGGGUUAUAGAUGCUAAGCAACAGGACAACCAGAAACGCCUAGCUGCUCAGGAACAGAGGCAGAAGGAGGCUGAACUACAGAAGAAGCUCAUCCAGGAGGCUCUGGCUAAACUGGAUUCAGCUGCUGAUGGGAAUCACCACAUCAAGUUCAGCUCUGAUGAGGAAGAGGAUGGCGACGAGGAAGAACAUACUUCCCCUGUACCUCCCAACCCCAAGAAGACACUGUUCCAGAACAGCCAGUCCGAUGAGGAAGACUCUAGUGAUGAAGAAUCACCAGCUCGAGGAAAGCCAGGCCUUAAAAACAAGGGAUAUAAGAAGCUGGCGGGCAGCAACCUGUUUGACGACGAUGAUGAGGAGGAGGAGGAGGAGGAGAAGGAUGGGGACAGGUUCCAGAUUAAACCUCAGUUUGAAGGAAAAGCUGGAGCGAAGCUCAUGCAACUGCAGUCGAGGUUUGGAACAGAUGAGCGUUUCCAGAUGGAUCGCAGGUUUAUUGACGACGACGACGACGACGACGACGAUGAGCCAGGUGAGGCAGGUGAGCCAGGUGAGCCAGGUGAGCCAGGUGAGCCAGAGAUGGAGUCGUCUCAGCCGGAGAGAGAGUGUGAGCUGGUAGAGGAGAAGAAGAAAAGUCUAGACAUCUUAAAUCAUCUCCUCAACAUCAACGUACAACCCUCUGACCCUAAUAAACCCACAGCUAAGGGCAAGACGUUCAGAGAUAUCUCAGCGUUGCAGUAUGACCCAACCAAAGAGGAGCACGCUGCUUUUGAAACUAAGAACGACAAGCCCAAGAAAGACAGUAAACUGGCAAGGAAGAAGAAGCGGGAGGAGGCGGAGAAGCUGCCAGAGGUCUCCAGGGAGAUGUAUUACGAUGUGUCCAUGGAUCUGAAGGAGGUGUUUGGAACCUCCAAGGAGGAGAAAACGGAGGAGGAGGAGGAGAAUGUGGCCUGGGAUAAAGAAGAGGAAGAGACCAGUCAGCCUAUGGCAGUCGAUCCAGUGAUGGCGUCAUCUCACCUGUCAACCAAUGAGGGAGAGGCAUCGUCAGGCUUCAAGUUCUCGUUCUUUGGGGGUGACACGGUAGCCGAAACCACCACUGAAAAGGAGGAGUACCGUUUCGAGACGCUCAAGGGGGCCAAGGUGUCAUGGCAGGUGGACCCUCGUUUCCAGGACAGCAGUGAUGAGGAGGAGGAGGAGGAAGAGGAGGCCAAGGAACAGACUGACACCACUACACCCACAGAAGAGCCGCUGGCGUCGAAGAAAGCUUUCUUCUUUUUCCGGCUCGACGAUGAACGGUUAAAAGAGGGGCCUAAAGCGUUCUGCAGGUCAUCCAAGCUGGAGGACCAAAGAGAGAUGUGGGAGGAGAAGAGGACGGGACUCAUAGAGGAGUACCGUAAAAAACACAAGGAUGCAAGAAGGAAGCUGAAAACCUCCCAAAGAAACUGACAGGAGAUCCACAAGACAUUGAGAGAGAGGACCUCUCGUUUGACACAGUCUUACCCGACUCGAAUUGGGACUAACAACCAUGCUAGUCCCAAGACUUCUCCUCCAAUCAUAUUCUGACUUUAGGGACGUUCAUUUUAUUUUUUUUAUGUUCUAACCUCCAACUGCAAUCGUGUUACCGGCAUAGUGUAGUUUUAAUUUAUAAAGAAACAGGGCCGAUAACCAAUCAAACCAGCUCCAUUUUCCACCACUAGGGGACAGGGCCGAUAACCAAUCAAACCAGCUCCAUUUUCCACCACCAGGGGACAGGGCCGUGUCGUUUUACCUCAGAUGGUGUUAUUGACUUCCUUGAGGUGGUGUGGGGAGACUGAAGGUGCCCCUAGACGCUGGUCUCGGGUCAGUUUUUGAAUUUUCCACCACUAAUUGUUAACAUUAGGAUUGUGGGAAGGGGAAGCUGAUCCUAGAUCUGUACCUGAGGGGAAACUUCACCCUGGAGUGAUCUAAAUCCAUUUACAUUACAUAAUGAUGUGAAUCUGAUCUGUACUACAGAAUUGCAUGGUUGUAAUUGAUUUAUGUCUCUUUUUUUCUAUGGAGAAUUAAAACUCAGAAUAUCUUUC